AUGGAUAACUUUAUUCAAAUAAAUAGAAAACGUGUUGAAGACUCAGGAAAGAGUACAAAGGAAACUGUAGAAAAACGAAAAAAAUACAGAAAAUAUGAUGACCAAUAUUUAGAUUUUGGAUUUACUUACGUUAGCAAAGGAAAUGUGGAACUACCCCAAUGUGUUGUUUGUCAUAAGGUGCUGGCAGCUGAAAGUAUGCUUCCUAAUAAAUUGAAACGUCAUUUAGAAACAGUUCACAUUAUUUGGCAUAAAAUACUAAAUUCCAUUAAUCCAAUAAGCAAGUUGAUGCAAACAAAAGAUUUUGAUCUAUCCUUUGCACUUGAUCUUUUACAAAACUGCAAAAUAUUUUUUAAGAAUCUUCGAUCGGAUUCGUCCUUCGAUAAAACUAUUAUUGAUGCAAAAGAACUUGCUACCGAAAAUGAUGUGGAGGCUAAUUUUGAAUCAACAAUAACACGACACCACGUUAGAAGAAGGAAAAGCAACUUAUACGAAGCACGAGAUAAACCCAUCAAAGAUCCAAAAGAAAAAUAUAAAAUAGAUUUUUUUUUUACAAUCGAUCAAGCACUAAAUGCACUAGAUGCUAGAUUUGAACAACUUAGUAAUCAUAGUAAUUAUUUUCAAUUCUUAUAUAAUAUAUACGAUUUAAAUGUCAUGACCAAAGAAAUGCUACUAAAACACUGUAAGUAUUUAGAAUGCAUUUUAACUGAUGGUGAUUUUGUUGACAUAAAUGGGGUAGAAUUAGCGGAGGAAAUUUCAGCAUUAUCUGCGCUUUUGGACAAAAGAGAAAGCCUAAGCAAUGUACUGAGCUUGAUAACAAAGUUAAAUUUUGCCCCAAAUCUUACUAUUGCUUUAAGAAUGUUGCUAACAAUACCAAUAACUGUAGCAAGUGGCGAAAAAAGUUUCUCUAAGUUAAAAUUAAUUAAGAACUUUUUACGUUCGGCUACUACACAAAAUCGUCUUAAUUAA